UGUCACUCUCUGUGUGGCUUCCUGUGAAGAUAGGUCAUCCUGUUUUCUGUCUCACAGUUUGUUAACCUCAGUAGACAGUAAACUGUUUCUGUCUUUGCUGAAUCCCUCAAUGGAGCUUCGGCUUGAUUGAUCGUAAUGAUUUCAGGGAGUUCAGACAUGGCUGGAAGUGUACUGGGUACGGCCUUCUCCCUCCUGCUCCUCGCUUCUAUUAUACAAGGUCAGAAUGUGUUCUAUAAGGAGAAAAUAGAGGCAGUAGUGGGCCAGGAUGUGAGGUUGCCCUGCAUUAUGGAAAAAAGAACUGGUCUCCAUAUUGUCAGUAUCGAAUGGAGUAAGAAUAAUGAUGAAAACACAAAGCUGGCUGUGUACAGCCCAAAAUUUGGAGUCUAUCUGUUUCGAACAAAUGUUACCAUGCAGAUCGUGGACAAUUCCACUGGUUCCUAUCUAAAUCUUCCCGGAGUGACAGAAUGGGACAGCGGCAUCUAUUAUUGUGACCUCACAACCUUUCCUCUGGGCUCCAUCAGGAGAGAAACAGAGCUGAAGAUCAAAGAUCUUAUGUGUGAUGUCAGUGGCACCGUUGAAGUCAGUGCUGGAGAAAAUGUGACCAUUCAAUGCAACGUGUUCUCUGAUGCACAGUACAGGUGGACCAAGAACAAGGAGCUGGUGUCACAGAGUGAAUCUCUGGAGCUUUUGUGGGUGACUGAUGCUGACACGGGUGUCUACAUACUGACUGUCAACACAGGCAACAGACGUCUGCGCAAAGAGUUUAACGUCACAGUGCUAACAGCAACCACAACCACAAGGACAGGUCUUGCGACAGUGUCACCACGGUCUAACAUAACUGAGGAUGGUUGGACUGAAUCAGCAGACAGCAGCCUUACCACGUCACCGACCACAGUGCUUACAACCACUGAAACCAAUGAGACUUGGACCAUAAGUAUGAGCUCUGAUGGAACAUCUUCUGACGCAACAGAUGAUAGUUCAAACAUCAGCAAUGUUACGUUCACCUCUUAUACAAAUAAUACACAGACCAGUUUGACCUUAACCCCUGCCACACACACUGACAUCCAUUACUCCAACAACACCACUGAUCAGGACACAAACGCGACUCACACUUCAGAGACAUCCACUUUUUCUGACCAAUCAGUGACCAGCAAUCUAUCCACAACAUUAAGCUAUGGUAGUACAGAUUCAAUGUUCGAAUCAACACAGGAGACGUGGACCUACACGUCCACGCUCCCUACAAUGCAACCAGAGAUCGAUUCUUCAACCAGCCCAGAAGAAUCCGACACCCGAGGAAGCGUGACAGAAGACUCUGAAAACACUGGUGCAACCACAACUCUCUGGAAUGUAGUAGUCACUCGGGAUGAAGGUACCGAUGGUGCAGAGAGUGAGCUGUUGUUGUUGUUAAUCAUUGUUCCGGUGCUGGUAUUGAUCGCUGUGGCUGCCUUCAUCUACAGGAAACAAGUUAUAAAGCAGAGAAUGGAUCUACCGCCUCCGUUCAAACCCCCUCCACCUCCAGUCAAGUAUACAGCAGCAAGACACUGUGAGAUUUCAACACAGCCUUUCCCCACUGCAAGGUGUAACUCCGUAACGCAAGUUCAAAAUCUGAGACUUUAUGAACACACAGCAUAAUAAAGUUCUCACAAGUAUUGAUGACUUAAUAAUAUGAUACUGUCAUCCAGUAACAUUGAGAGUAAACUGGCUACAAUCAGAUCUUCAACCCAUGGCUGCACGGAUGAAAAAAGGAUUUAAUAAUAAUGUUAGUCACUAUUACAAAUGUGUAUGUGAGCAGCACUGUGUUAAUUAGAAAUAGAAAAUCUUUUUUUAUUAAAAUUCUGGUAUUGUGAUAACCUUUCUGUAUUAUUAUUAAUAAUACAGAAAUUAUUAAUAUUAUUAUUAUAUGAUAAACUUCUUGUAGUAAUUGUGGGGGUAAAGUGAAAGCUCGAUCACGUUGGUUGCAGAAUUGUUAUUGUGUUAUGUAUUAUUUUCAGCUGUGGUCAGUUUUAAACAGUUAUGAAACAGUUGCAGGCAAUUGUGCAAGUGUGUAUUUAUCUGGCUGUGCUCUUUGCUAUUGAGUAUAAAAUGUGCAGGUGGUUUUGAUUUUUGCAUCAAAUGUAUUGUGUAAAAUUCAUAAAAGGUUUCUGAGCUUUCAAAAUAAAAGCUGGUUCUUUUACUUUUUUUAUGAAAUUAUUUUAAUAUUAUGUAUUCACUGUGUUUGUCUAAUGCAGUCAUUUGGAUUCCAGCUAUUGUAUCUUAUGCAGGCAUUCUAUAUACAGUAUACAGAAACCAAAGUGUUAGACAUACAGUAUGUGCUGAUUUACUUUGCCCUUUAAAAAUCUGCAGUAAUUACGACCAAGGUUAUGUUUUCAGUGCCAGCAGGGGAGCAUACCCAGAGUUUGGCAUAUGAAACCUGAUUGGCCACCCCAGGUGCCACCUCAUUAUCCUAAACUGUGAGUGGCAGUCUGCCCAGUGAGAGGUGGAACCUUACUUCAAACCAACUGUUUGACAAGUAAACCAGACUUUUGUUUAUAAAAUGCAUCAUUUUAUGCACACGGGUUUAUCUGUUUUCAUUAUCUUUUUAUUUUAUUUUGUGACUGUAUUUUUCAUGUGCGUUGUAUAUGUUUUAUUUUGUGUGUAGCCUAGGCCACAAUUUCUUUUGAAGAACUUGAAUGUUAAACGACUGUAUGAUUCUGUAAUGAUAGCAAUUUAAAAUAAACAAUA